GCACUGAGGUACCAAACGUCCGUUAGCACAACCGCGUUUUCACACCACACCGGUCAAUAAGGUGAUAGCAACGUGCCUGCUCAACCAUGGCUUCCGACGAACCUAAAGCAAAGAAACAAAAACUCUCAGAGGAGGAGAAGACAGAGUCUCCGACCAAAAAGACUGCUGACAAACUAAGCCCUAAUACACUCUUUGGGAUGGGAAACCCCUUACUGGACAUCUGUGCUGUAGUGGACAAAGACUUCCUGGACAAGUACACUCUGAAACCCAAUGACCAGAUCCUGGCAGAGGACAAACACAAAGAACUGUUUGAGGAGAUAGUGAAGAAGUUCAAAGUGGAGUACCACGCUGGAGGAGCCACACAGAACUCUAUAAAGAUCGCUCAGUGGAUGAUCCAGGAACCCGAUAAGGUCGGCACGUUCUUUGGCUGCAUUGGCAAAGACAAGUUUGGAGGGAUCCUGAAGCAGAAGGCUGAGGAGGCUCACAUCGACGCCCACUACUACGAGCAAUCUGAAGAGCCCACAGGGUCCUGUGCUGCGUGCAUCACCGGAGACAACAGGUCUCUAGUAGCUAACCUAGCUGCUGCUAACUGUUAUAAGAAGGACAAGCAUCUAGACCUGGAGGAAAACUGGGAGCUGGUGGAAAAAGCUAAAGUCUACUAUAUUGCAGGUUUCUUCCUCACUGUGUCCCUGGAGUCCAUCCUGAAAGUGGCGAAGCACGCCUCUGAAAACAACAAACUGUUUUGCCUGAACCUCUCCGCGCCCUUCAUCUGCCAGUUCUUCAAGGAUAACCUCAUGCAGGUUAUGCCCUACGUCGAUGUGCUGUUCGGCAAUGAGACAGAAGCAGCAGCGUUCGCUAAAGAGCUUGACUUCGAGACUAAGGACAUUAAGGAAAUUGCCAAGAAAGCCCAGGCUUUGCCCAAAGUCAACACAAAGAGGAAGAGGAUUGUAGUGUUGACUCAGGGGAAGGAAGAGACUUCUAUGGCUCUGAGUGAAAAGGUCGAGACAUUCCCCGUACUGAAGAUUGACCCGAAGGACAUCGUCGACACAAACGGUGCCGGUGAUGCCUUUGUAGGAGGUUUCCUGUCUGAGUUAGUUCAGGAGAAACCUCUGGAUCAGUGCGUGAAGGCGGCGCACUACGCUGCCAACGUCAUCAUCAGACGAGCAGGAUGCACCUUCCCAGAAAAACCCGACUUCAACUGAGGAGUCCCGGAUCUUGUCGUUUAGCCUGAAAUCUCACACCCACCCUGCCAAACAUAACUCUGACCCAUUUUUGUCCCACUAUCUUCUACAAAUCUCUCCAAAAAUUAUUGUAGCCACAUUUGCCUCCCAUCCAUGUUUUUUGUUUUUUUCAAACUCAUCUGCACAUAAUUUCAUAAUCCACACAAUUAGGUUGGGUGCCUCCUGACGUGUGCCUUCCCCAUGUUCUGCUCUUGGGGCUGCUGCAGGAUCAUGCAGCCAAGAGCCAAUGGAUAUUUGUUGGAUAGAUAAACCACCAUUAAGGAAUCAUGAAAACAUCACAUAAUGUAAUCAUUUUAAUUCAAACAAAGGAACUAACCUGGAUGGUUGUUUAAUUUCCCCCAAAAACAUUUCGGACCGAACACUGCAAACGUCUGGACGCACAUCACACGCUGCUGCGAGCGCUCGUGUUGACAUCCCGCAACUCUUUGAAGAAGUUUUUUCAACAAUGGGAGGACACACUUUACACAAACAGAGGACUAAUGAAUAUAAGAUCAGUCAAUGGAAGUUUUGUAUACUGCAUUAUAACGUGCAGUAGUGACUUAUUUAAGACAAAAUAUACCUGAUUAUGAGUUUGUUCUUAUUUAAGAGUUAAUUUAACAGGCCAGUAAUGAAAUCGAAUGGUUUUUCUUUUAAAUGUGUCAAAGCCUCUGCCCAUGUCCUGUGAUGCCCGUUAAAUGUCAGCUUCAAUUUUGUUAAAUGUCAGCUUCAAUUUUGUUCAACAUCAAAAUUGUGGGAGUACUUUUUUUCUCCUACGCUGUUUUUUGGGCAGGUGCUUCUUGUAAUGAGUGCCUUUUUAACCCUUCCUUAAAAAAAAACUACUUUUCUCGUCUCAAUACUUCAAUUUUUACCUGAGAUAGUGGCCUCUGUUCUUUCUGGGUGUCUUUUUGAUCUCUAGCUAAAUCAUAGAAAAACUUUAAGACCGUCCAUUUUGAUUUGUAUUAUUUACAUUUAUUCAGAUUUUUAUAUUUUUGUCACUGCUGCAACUGGCAAAAGAUGGAAAAUAAAUAAGGGAAACAGAUCUAAAGCUGAAUUCAGGCUCAGGUUAAUCUUGUGAUAUGGGGCCAAAACAUUUCAAUAUUAUUGUUUUAAAGUCUGGUAUGCGCAGCACUGAAUACUUGAAAACAAGUCUCCUGAGAAUAGAUCUGCUCUUAGAAUGUGAUGAGCAAGAAGCAUGUUUUCUGAAUACUACAGGAGUUGUUUUGACACUUCAUCUAUCUGUUAGUGUUGUCCCUUUUGCCUCUGUUAAAUGACAGACUUUUUUUUUAUACCAGUACACCAAAAAGCCUUAUGUCCUCUUACCAUUUCUUCCUGAUGUCAGUUGUACUCAAGUUGCCCAUCUGUGCUAGAAUGUGAUGCUUAAAAUUUACAAAUUAAACAUACAACAAGGA